UUCUCAACUGAACACUUUGAGUCCUUCAACCAUGUCUUCCAACUCAGCUGUGUUCAUAGCAACCAUCAAGCUCUGAGUCGCGACUCAUGCAAUGUGUUUGCAUAUAAUGAUAAGCAUGUCACUACUGGGGGUUUUUGGAUGGAGUCAAAAAGCAAGCAGUGGGUGCACACUGCUUCAGGUGCCCUCAACUAUAUUGCCAAUCACCCAGAGCAAUGCUUGGGUGUUCCCACAGUGCACGAGAAUCAUCCAGGUGAGUUUGUCGCAACAUGUCCGUUCUUAAUUCUAAUGAAUUUUUGA